AGUUUUAAUGGAGUCUCCAUCACUGCCGCAAUUCCUUUCUCAUUUCCUCUCUUUUCGGAUAUUCCUUUCUCUCUCUUUCUCUACAAAAUCUCACUUUUUCUCUUCGUAGCUUGCCAUUUCCAAUCUAUUUUUAUACCAAACCCACUAGAAUCGAUCGAGAAAUCUCAUUUCUAGCAGCUUAAAUACCUCAGAAUCCGCUUCAAAACAGGGACUCACUUCAGAUCUGGAAAAAUCGUCAGAAACUGACCUAGGAGGAGGAUUUCAGGGAUUUUUUUGCUAGAUUUGAGGUGUUUGGUUGAGUUUUCAGGAUUUUGUAGCAGAAAUGCUGCAGAAUCGACUGUGAUACAGUAACUUCGCUGCAGAUCUGGGGAAAAUCGGUCGGUUCAGAGAAAGGUGUUGGAAGAGGAUUUUAGGGUUUUUCUUUUUGUUGUUAGGUUUGAGGUAUUGAGUGGAGAUUUUUGGAUUUUGGAGGAUCCAGUGGCAUUCCGGCGCAGUGAUUUUUGAGGAUGCUUGAUGGUGGAUCUGAUGUUUUUGGUUUUGGUAGAAUGAAGAGGAGGAAGGCUUGAGGGUUUUGAAGACAGUUUGUUGUCUCCGGGAUUUGAUGAUGGCUACCGUGCAGAAACUGCCGGUCUCAAGCUUGAGUACGGGGGUGAGCAGUUAUGAACCGUCGGGAGCAGAUGGAGCUGUUUCAGAUCAGUUUCCGGCUGGGCUGAGAGUUCUUGUCGUGGACGAUGAUACAACGUGUUUGAGGAUUCUCGAGCAGAUGCUUCAGAAAUGCCUGUAUCAUGUUACAACUUGCUCCCAAGCUACGCUUGCCCUGUCGCUUCUUCGGGAGAGGAAGGGAGGUUUUGAUGUGGUAAUAAGUGAUGUUUAUAUGCCUGACAUGGAUGGAUUUAAACUCCUAGAACUUCUUGGGUUGGAAAUGGAUCUGCCUGUUAUCAUGAUGUCUGCAGAUGGGAGAACCAGUGCAGUGAUGAGAGGGAUCAAACAUGGGGCCUGUGAUUAUUUGAUUAAGCCAAUACGCAUAGAAGAACUGAAGAACAUAUGGCAGCAUGUUAUCAGAAAAAAAUGGAAUGAGAAUAAAGAACACGAACACUCGGGUAGUGUUGAAGACACUGAACGGCAUAGGCGAGUGGGUGAUGAAGCUGAAUAUGCUUCCUCUGUUAAUGAAGGGACAGAUGGCAGUUGGAAAGUUCAAAAAAAGAGGAGAGAGGCUAAAGAAGACGAUGAUGAUGGUGAGCUUGAUAAUGACGAUCCUUCUACGUCGAAGAAACCACGUGUGGUGUGGUCAGUAGAGCUCCAUCAGCAGUUUGUCAGUGCUGUAAACCAACUCGGAAUUGACAAGGCUGUUCCCAAGAGAAUACUUGAACUGAUGAAUGUUCAAGGACUCACCAGAGAGAAUGUAGCAAGCCAUUUGCAGAAAUUCAGACUCUAUUUGAAGAGACUAAGUGGAGUAGCUCAACACCAGGGUGGAAUUCCUAGCCCCUUCUGUGGGCCCAUGGAACCAAAUGCGAAACUGGGUUCACUAGGCAGGCUCGAUCUCCAAGCUUUAGCUGCCUCGGGCCAAAUUCCUCCACAAGCACUAGCUGCCCUGCAAGCCGAGCUCUUUGGCCGACCUACAAGCAGCAUGGUGUUGCCAGGAAUGGACCAGCCGGUCCUUCUACAAGCAUCUCUACAAGGUCCCAAGUGCAUUCCCAUUGAACGUGGGGUGGCAUUUGGUCAGCCUCUGCUAAAAUGCCAGUCCAACACAACCAAGCAAUUUCCUCAACCCAACCUAUCCGCUGAGGAUAUUUCUUCCGCAUUCACAACAUGGCCGCCUAAUCACCUUGGUACAGCAGGCCCUACUGGCAACAUUGGAGGGUUAAAUGUUCAGAACAGUGACAUGCUGGCACAGAUACUGCAGCAGCAGCCCCUGUUGCCGGAAGCCAGCCACACUAUCAAUGUUCAACCCUCGUGCCUCGUGGUCCCCUCUCAGUCAUCAAAUGGUUUCCAAGCAGGAAACCAUCCUGUUUCCAUUAAUCAAAACUCCAGCUUUAGCAGCAGUACUGUUGUCGAUUACAGCCUACUUCCAUCUCAAUCAAGUAGUGCAUCAUUAGGUGUCAGACAACUCCCAGAUGAUGACUUCAAGAUUGCAGGUGUGCUUAGUGGCUACUCAAUCCCAGGGGUAUCAAUUUCACCAUCAAUGUCUUCUUGCUCAGUCCCUCCUGAGAGCCGCACAGGUUGGCAGGUGCAGAAUGCUGCCAUGAAAGUCAUUCCUGCUACAAGAAUGCCAGGGCUUGUUCCCAAUGUUUGUGAGAUUCCAGGUUCUUAUGGCGCAAGAACGGGCACAUUGUCUGAUCAAGGACCGGGGAGGAAUCUUGGUUUUGUUGGUAAAGGAACCUCUAUUCCCAGCCGUUUCGCAGUUGAUGACAUUGAAGCACCUUCAGGUGAUCUCGGCCACAAUAGAGGAUAUGUGGACAGUGCUGAAGAUAGAGUAAAACAAGAGCACAAUGUGGAGUUUAUAGAGAGGGCAAAAGUGAGCAUUCCAGCGCUACAAUGCUAUUCUUCAAAUGAUCUCAUGGGCGUUCUCUCCAAAUAGAAUCAUCCGCCUGACAUUCCGCACUCCUACCUCAGGAUGGACAAGUGUCGUUAAAUUAGGAAGCUGAAAUGGGAAGAGCAUCCAUGUGAAGUAUGUGUAUUAUUAUUCUAAGUUCUCUGGAAUAUUCAUCCUGCUGGGCCUUAUGGCUGUUUCUGGAAUUGGAAUUUCUCCUCACCACCCCCUCCUAAACAACCCUGGAGGUAUGUGCACCUAGAUUUCUCUGCUUUUAGGAUUUGAUAAAAGAAGAGGGAAAAAAGCGAGAAUUAUAUUGUAUGAUGGUAGCUUGUGAUGCUGGGGCAUGUCUUAUUUACAGCCCUGAUAAGUCUCGCUGUGAAAAAUAAUAUGUUUUAGUUUUAGAUUCUGUUCUGAUCUCAGCAAGGUAUUCUCUUAUGAUAUUUUA